GAAGAGAAGUGGUGGCUCCCAAAUCCAAAAGUUCCUCCAAAAGGGUUGUCAGUGGAUGCAAGGAAGAGGUUGCAGCAAUGCAGGGACUGUACCAACCAGAUACUGAAGGCAGCCUUAGCAAUCAAUAGCAAUGUGCUUGCUGAGAUGGAGAUUCCCAAUGCUUACUUAGAAACUUUGCCCAAGGUAUGGGUUUCAAUGUUGGGUUUACAAAUGCUAUGA